AUGGAUUCAACACCCCUAUGCAACCUCCACUUUGUGUUCAUCCCAAUAAUGUCCUCGAGUCAUCUUCUACCCAUGGUGGACAUGGCCAAAAUGUUCGCUCGACGCAAAGUGAAGGUGAGCAUAGUCACCACACCUCUCAAUUCCAUCCACUUCCAAGCUAGCAUAGACAGAGAGAUCCACUCUGGCUCACCCAUCCAGAUUCUUCAUGUUCAGUUUCCAUGGGCUGAGGCUGGAUUACCAGAGGGUUGUGAGAGCGCAGACACUCUUCUUUCAAUGGAUCUCCUGUCUAAAUUCACCGUCGCUAUGGACUUGUUGCAGCGCCCAAUAGAAGAGCUUCUUCAAAACCAAAGCCCCUUUCCAAGCUGCAUAAUUGCCGAUCAAAGUUUCACGUGUAUGGCUGAUGUUGUUGACAAGUUGCAUGUCCCUAGAAUAAUAUUCAACGGGCGUAAUUGUUUCUUUCUCCUAUGCUGCCACAUUUUACAGAAGGACAAGGUCCAUGAAGAUGUGUCUUAUAAUGAGAAGUUUCUCGUACCAGGAAUGCCCGACAGAAUCGAACUUCGAAGAUCUCAACUUCCCGGGAUAUUGCAACCUGGCACGGACCUCAAGUUGCAAGCUUGUCGUGAGGCGACAAGGGAAGCUGCAAAAAAAGCAUAUGGGAUAGUGGUUAAUAGUUUUGAAGAGUUGGAACCAAAGUAUCUUGAAGAGUAUGAGAGGCUGACGGAGCAUAAGGUAUGGUGUGUUGGGCCUGUGUCGCUGUGCAAUAAGGAUGACAUCGAGAAGGGUUCGAGAAGUAAGAGAAACUCAAGUGAUGAGAGUAAGUAUGUGAAGUGGCUUGAUUCGUGGCCUGCAAGGUCUGUGAUUUAUGUGUGCCUCGGUAGCUUAAAUCGUGUAAUUCCUGAGCAAUUGAUAGAAUUGGGGCUAGGAUUGGAAGCAACAAAGAGACCAUUCAUUUGGGUGCUUAGAGGUGCAUAUGGAAGAGAGGAAAUAGAGAAGUGGCUUUUGGAAGAUGGGUUUGAAGAAAGGGUGAAAGGGAGAGGGAUUUUGAUAAAGGGUUGGGUGCCCCAAGUGUUGAUAUUGUCACAUAGAGCAAUAGGAGCGUUCUUGACACAUUGUGGGUGGAAUUCCACGCUGGAAGGGAUUUGUGCUGGGGUUCCUCUGGUGACAUUUCCUCUGUUUUCUGAGCAGUUUCUUAAUGAGAAGGUUGUUGUACAAGUGGUGGGGAACGGGGUGAGUUUGGGAGCUGAAUCUGUUGUGCACUUAGGAGAGGAAGAUAAGGCUCGAGUUCAGGUGAGGAGAGAGAAAAUUGCAGAUUCUAUCGAGAAGGUAAUGGGUGAAGGCAAAGAGAAAGAAGUGAUCAGGGAAACAGCUAGAAAUUAUGCAGCCAUGGCAAGGAAAACAAUCGAAGAAGGUGGAUCAUCUUACAACAACAUGUCUAUGCUAAUCAAAGACAUAGCACGUUUCAAAAUGCCUAAGAAAAUGUAA